GGCCAUCUCUGAGCCGCCCGUCAAUUGUUUUCAUGAAUUGACGUGUCGUAUCGAAUGCGAAAAACCGCUGACUAGACCGUAAACACACUCGAAUGGAAUUCCUGAAGAGUGGCAUAAAGACGGUGUUGGGCGGCACGGAGCCGGGCCAGCAGCCGAGUGCCGCCGAAACGGUGGAGAAGCUGGUGGACCGCGUCUACUCGUCGACGCUCCUGGAGGAUCGAAGGGAUGCCUGUCGGGCACUGAAGGCUCUGUCCCGCAAAUACCGUAUCGAAGUGGGCGCCCAGGGGAUGCCGCCACUGGUGCAGGUGCUCCAAAAUGACGGACAGGAUGCGGAGAUCAUCAGCUAUGCUCUGGACACACUGUGCAACGUGGUAACCAGCGAGGAAUUCGACGAGGAGGCGGACAACCCGACGGUUUCAGUCAAUGUGGGCGAGCAGUUCACGGAGAUGUUUAUUAAAACUCCGGAGCAUGUGACCCUGGUAAUGGGUUACCUGGAUGAGUACGAUUUCAGAGUGCGUCGUGCCGCUAUCCAGCUGAUUACGUCCCUUAUCUCUAAUAAGACAAGGGAACUGCAGGAUCUUGUGCUAGUCAGCCCAAUGGGCGUAUCUAAGCUGAUGGAUCUUCUGACUGACAGCCGCGAGGUCAUUCGCAACGAUGUCCUGCUGUUGCUCAUUGAACUGACCAAGGGCAACUCAAAUAUCCAAAAGAUUGUGGCCUUUGAGAAUGCCUUCGACCGCCUCUUUGAGAUUGUUCGCGAGGAGGGCUGCUCCGAUGGCGGUAUCGUGGUGGAAGACUGCCUGAUCCUGCUACUGAAUCUCCUCAAGAACAACUCCAGUAACCAGCAGUUCUUCAAGGAAGGCAGCUACAUCCAACGCUUGGCACCGAUGUUUGAACUUUCCCAGGACUCUGAGGAGAUUGGCUGGUCGCCGCAAAAGGUCUCGAACUUCCAUUGCCUACUUCAGGUGGUCCGGGCUCUGGUCACGCCGAGCAAUCAACAGCAGGUGGUGGCCGCCUGCCAGCGUGUCAUGCAAAAGUCCCGCCUGCUCCAUGCCCUCUGCGAGAUUCUCAUGAGCAGCGGUGUGCCGGCGGAUAUACUCACGGAGACGAUCAACGCGGUGGCGGAGGUCGUUCGCGGCGAUCGGGACAAUCAAGAUGAACUGGGAAGGGUCAUGGCCCCGAGCAGUCCGCCCCGACCGGCGAUUGUAGUCCUGCUAAUGUCUAUGAUCAACGAAAAGCAACUAUUGGCUCUGCGCUGCGCCGUUCUCUAUUGCUUCGAAUGCUUCCUGUAUCGCAACGCCGAUGGCCAGCGGGCGGUGGUGCAAACCCUGCUGCCCUCCAGUGCCUCCGAUGUGAGUGCCCUUUCGACGGGACAACUUCUUUGCACCGGACUCUUCUCCACGGAUGCCCUGGCCAAUUGGUUCUCGGCCGUCGCGCUGAUGCACUCGCUUGUCGAGAAUGUGGCUCUCAAGGAGGAACUGUUGCGCGUUCUGCUGGCCACUCCUGGUGGUCAAAGACCCAUCACGCUGCUUGAGCAGUGCACCAAUCUCAUGCAGCAGGAACGCUAUCGUUUGCAGAGUAAGGUGGGCCUGCUGAUGCUGCUCAGUUUGUGGCUAGCCCAUUGCCCGGGCGCAGUGAAGGCUCUGCUGGAGACGCAGGGCACCAUGGCCUACCUGACAGCCCAAUUGUGCUCCAACGAGCACGACGAGCGCGAGUUUCUGGUUCAAGGCAUGUGCGCCUUCCUCAUGGGCUUGUGCAUCCAGUUCAACGAUAACUCGCUGCCCGGACAGAAGCGCGAGGACAUCAGCCAGCUGAUCAUCAAGCGAAUCGGGCAGGAGAGCUUCUGCAGCAAACUGGCGGAGGUGUCGCGUCACGAGGCGUACAGUCGGGCCUGUAAGCAGGCGCAGAUCCGGGCCAAGUCCGCCGGAGAACUACUGCUGGAUUACGAGUACUGCAAGCUCUACAAGGGCUUGGAAGCGCUGAUUGCAAAGCUGGUUAGCGGAUUCGAUGUGGAUGGCAUCGAACUGACCGAACUUACUUUGAGUUCGGAGGCCUCUGCUCUGGUUUCCCAGUACAAGGGAAUUAUCCGCGGCAUGGAUGCCCAGAUCCAGGCGCUGCAGCAAUCUUCCAAAGAACUGGAGCAGGAGAACGCCGAGCUGAAGGAGAAACUCGGGGAGGAGCAGUCGCUUAGGGCGCAACUUUCGGAUCAAAAUACGCUGCUCAAGGCGCAACUGGGAGCUUCAGCGGGUCAGGUGCAGCCUGCCCAGGGAACGGAAGCCACUCCGGCCAACGAGGAUGAGCUGAAUGCCGCCCGUUACCAGGCCAACAUGUACUUUGCCGAGAAUAUACGGUUGACCAAGGAGUUGGAGACCCUGCGGCAACAGUUUACGGCCGAAAAGCAAAGGGCCGAUGCGGCGCAAGAAUCACUAGCGGCCACGCAAAAGGAUCAGGAGGAUCUGCUCGAACUGCUGGCCGAUCAGGAGGCGAAACUCACGCGUUACGAGAAAGCGGACACAGCGAAUUCCUUGCAAUCUCCCAGUCAAGCUCCAUCUGCAGCUUCUCCGCCCGACGAGGAGAGUCCCAUACCAAGUGGCACCGCUAGCAGAUAAGGAACGCUCCCAGGAUGAGUUGCUGACCACGUAUUAUGACUGGAAAUUGCUCGACUGCCCCUCCAACCAUCAUAUAUACACACAUUCUACUUGUUUUAUAUUUAUAUAUAUUUAAUUUACGUACAGAAUAUAUAUCUAGAUUGGAAUUGAAAACCAAAUUUAAAUUGUUUUGGCGGGAUGCGCUGCAAAUCGCAAGAGAUAGCUAUACCCGCGCACGUUUUCCUAUUUCCGUCUCUUUCCAAUCAGUUCUUUACUUUCUGUUUGCUUCGCCCAUAGGUCAACUAUUUUUAUUUUGUAAUUUUCAAGAUUCGAUUUAGAUAAAUAUUAUUUGUACGUUCUUUUUUUUAGAAAUUAAAAAUGUAUUCAUUAACUGUCAAUGCCAAACCAUGUUUAAUUAAAUUAUUGUCAAAACUGUUGCAUUUAAUGAACGAAAAAAUAAAUAAAAAAUAAUAAAUCCACGUUCAAAAA